GCAUACAGGGAAUGGUUACAUAGUAGAUAGAAUUCGAUUUAUAUUAGUUAGAGGGUUUACAUCAAUAUAUUUCGUUUACAUUGCCGUACGGAUCCAACGUCUUUAUGAAAAUGCACCCACGGUUCCAUAGUUCACCUAAAUAUUCUCAGGGAAGCAGUGGUUCUUAUGCAGCAGAUAGAAGUUAUAUUGAUGAUGGCAAACAUAACGUUUCUGAAGAACCAUUGCAAAUGUCUGAUUUGGAAAGCGAGACGAUACUAAAGCAAAGAAAGGAGUUGCAACUAUUAAUAGGCGAGUUAAAAGACAGAGAUAAAGAGCUGAACGAAAUGGUUGCCGCUCACCAGCAACAACUUUCAGCGUGGGAGCGUGACCGACGCCGUGUUGUGGAACUUGAACACAGGAACGAGAGGCUUGAGGUUGAAAUCCGGAAGCGCAAUGAACAACUUCGACUUUUGAUUCAACGUUUAAAAAUUUCUGAUUCCCGGCAGAAAACCAAAGAUUCAAUAAUUGAUACGACCAAACAAAAACUAGCGGAAGCUCAACAUGAAAUUGAAUCGACAUCUGCAGAAAAGAGGGACUUAGAGAACAUGAAUGAUGCGUUGAAUACGUCCCUGUCCGAUAUUUCUUCUAAAAUUGGGAGAUUGGAAGCAAAAGAGCAAGAAUUUUUCACACAAUUACAACUUAAAGACGGUGAUUUAGUUGAAGCUGAAAGCGAGAUCCGUGAAAUGAAAUCAAAACUACGAAGAGUUGAAGUUGAACUGCACGAAUGUAGGAAAAGCGCUGCAGCCGCUCAUGUUGAUUUAGAACAACAGAAAGCAAGAUAUAAACAGAGCAGAACAGAACUGGAUAAAACCAUAGCUGAAAUGGCAACAAAGACGGGAGAUUUGAUAUCGGCUCGACAAGAACUAACGAUGCUACGCGAAGAGGUCCAGAAUUUAAAAAGGGACCUAUAUGCAAGUGAGGAACAAAUUCGAAGGAAAGAAGAAUUUAUUGAACUUCAGAAGUCGAAACAGGAAAGAACAAACGUUGAGCUCGCUGCAUUAAGACAAUUGUAUGAACGACAACAACAAGAACUUUCUGUACUGCAGUCUAACUUAGAAACUUCUCAGGAAAUGUUAUCAAAGCAGGAAGACCGUUUGAAUGACCUAAGCCAUCAUGCACUUGAUUUGGAUGCUGUUGAAUGCUCAAGCCAAACUACAAAUGAUUUACUGGAAGAAGCCCAAAGAUCUUCCGAGGUCGAUCCACUUUCAAUGUUCAAUCAACAUAAGAGAAGUCCAAGACCUCAAGUAAAUGGAAUGGAAAGCUCUGGUAGUUCUCCUACAAGCAAGUUACAGCGUCUGCUGUCUGAGUCUCGUGAGAUGGUUCACAACCUCGAGCGAACAGCGCUGUCCCCUUCUCCCAGGUCGAGCUAUAGAAGCAGAAGUACAGAACGAAGAUAUUAAAUACUUGGAUUUUGGCUAAGUGACGUUUUAACGUCCUAUUUAGGUCGUCUUUAUCAGGGAAAAAAUUAGCUGAAAUUUUUGCGGAAAUUGGGUAUAAACUUGUACGUUUGUAGAAGGGAUAAUUAUUGAAAUGAAAUACAACUGUUCGGCAAAACUGAACAAAUGAUAUUUAGGUCAUAAAACUUCCUAAUCUGUAAAUUUUUUUAAUAAAAUUUGCCAAUCUGUCAAACUGUAAUAACGAUUUUAUUCACAUUUAUGUUUAGAAAUUCAUAUAUUAAUAUAACUGAAUGUUUACAUUAAUACUAAGUGCCUUAAACAUGGUCUUUACCUCCAUAAUAACAUUCAACAUUCAGUUCUUAUGCACUUGAAAUUCUAUCUUGAACCAUUUUAAGUUUAUGAUCUCUGCAUUUCUUAAGUAAUACUUUUUCUAUGUUACUGACUGUGUUAUUUUCUGCUUGCCAAAUUUAUAUUCUGGUUUUUCGAAAAUAAAUUAGUUUUUUUA